AUCAUCUCUUCCUCAAUUCCCUCAUCUGCUUUUUUUCCACUCUACUUUCACUUAACUCCUCACUCCCUCUUAACCUCAACCUCUCCUCUCCCAUUUUAACACCUCGUCCCCGGUGUUGUGUGUUGGUCGUCCUUUGUUGUUGGUGCAGCCACGAUUGCUAUUCCUGGCCGCCCAUUGAAGGAUUUUCACCCAGCCAAUUUCGGACCCGGGCCCACGUCUGCCUCUUGAGUGACGACUCCUUACGGUCAGCUUGAUUGCCACAAUUUCCCAACUGCACCACCGUCGCCAGGCUACCGACUUUUGGGCCUUGCUUCGCCCGUACCAAGUCAACCUCCUCGGUCGCCCAGGCAGCCUGUGAAUAGUGUUGGUGGCCAAAUUGUGCUUUCUUCUGACGAAGCACCUGCGCGUCACGAGCCGGUCAGAGCCUUUCCACGGCGGCGUUUCUCGUCAUUGUUAGCGGCUGUGUUCCUUGUCCAUACACCGUUCUCCUUCCGGCAUUGCAGGGUCUCAAACAUCCCUCUACACCUCUCGCCUGCUCCCGUUCAAAACAUCAAACGCGCUUCCUACUUUUUUCUUCCUUUACAUCAAAGUCACAGGACACGUUGGGUUUUUGUUUGUCUGCGAGUGUCAGUGCGGAUUGGGUGACACCACUUGGCUGCCGUAUUGAUCAAAAAAGUCUUGCUAUUCACCGCGCCUCACGAUUACGACGAGCUUUUCACUAAGUCUUGUCGAACAAAAUUUAAUACUCUUCAUCAUCAACCUCUUACCAGAGAUCACCACUGUACACACCAAUCGUUUGCCGACCCGUUACUCUCAGCAAGCAUCGACUUUCGUCCUGCUCGCGCACAAAUUGAUACCUCGUCAAUAUCGAAACCAGCGUUACGCAAAAGUUGUUUGCGCGCGAAAUACAUUCUCAUCACCUCCAUGCUUGGCUUUUGAGGUCACAAGUCUAAACAGCUUCCAAAGCUUCGGCUUCAACGCCUAGUGCGUUGACGCGACCUCCGAAGACAGACAGGUUUCUGGCUGUCUUCACUUCUCCUUACCGAUCAUGCCUUCAUACCAUUCUUGGGGCCCGCAUGGCCAACACUCGAGACUGCCACCAACUCCUCCAGAGUAUCAAAAUGACUACCUCACUCCCAUGAGCGCAGUCUCCGACAGAGGCUUCUACCAACAGCAGAACUACCUCCCUCGACGAUCACUCUCCAGCAGAGACUACGGUGACAGAUAUCAGGCACCACCAGCAUACACUGCUCAACAGCCCCUUGCUAGUCAUGUGGCUCGUCUCGGACAUGGUCAAGGAUCUCAAGAAUAUCCUUACCCCCAGCCAUACCCUCAGACGGCCGCACAAUAUGGGUAUGCUCCCGUCGGUGCUCCGAUCUUACCACCUAUCCGUGUCGGCGACUCAAUGGACUUCUCUGGACACUUCACCCAACAGUCCACCGAAUCAAACCUUAAGGAAGAGAAGCCGACGGGAGGCGUUGCGCAACAUCUUGAUUAUGACAUGGAUCUGAUGUCAAACUUCGUUGCUGAAAUGUCCCAGAAACUUGUUACACCGGAAUCAUCUCCAUCCUCCCAAUUUCGGAAGUAUGUCUCGCAGAUACUGUCAUCAACACGCCUGCCAAGCUCCACCAUCAUGUUAGGUCUGUUCUACCUGGCUUCUCGUAUGGGCCAGCUCAACGAACGAGGCCAGUCGACAUCGUCCUCUGGUACGGUCUAUCGCAUGCUCACCACCUGCCUUCUCCUUGGCAGCAAGUUCCUCGACGACAACACAUUUCAGAACAGAUCCUGGGCUGAAGUCAGUAGCAUCCCUGUCCAAGAGCUCAACAUGAUGGAAAUUCAAUGGCUCACAGACUUCAACUGGGAGAUUCAUGGUAUGAUGUAUGAUAAAGAGGAGGGUUUCUUUAUGUGGGUGGAGCACUGGCACGCCUACGAAGAGAAGGCUCAGCUUGCCAAAGCAAAAGAGUUGCAAAAGUUGGCGCCAAUCGAGACCAACAUUCGUCGCAGCCGGUCUCUACACAGCCAACCACUCAUGUCGCCCGAAGGACCAAUCCCACCUCAGUACCAACAAGGCUCGCAAUACGAUACUCGCUGGGUCCAGCCAUACAUUUCGGAGUAUUCACCUCCAUCUGCACCCCACAGCGGACCUGCUACGCCUGAUUAUUACACUCCAACCUGGUCGUACACACCUUCGAAUGCCUCGUUUGGCCGUCAGUCAUAUCAAGCCAGCACUGCCUCAGCCUACGCUGCACAACGUAAUCAACUCCCAACUUAUGGCCAUACGUAUGGCUAUCCAAGCAUUACACCAAAUUGGAUGGCCCAUGGUCAUGGUCUGCACGCUAAACAGUCAGAUUAUUACUUCAAUCAUACCGGAUAUCCGUUGCAGACUGUGGUCGGUUGAAUCCUUCCACAACAUUCCUGCGUUCAGCGAGCUUGACUUUCGCGGGGAAAAAGUUAGUGCUUACAACGUUUUUUCGGUCUUGUUUUACCACCGUCAAUUAUCCUUGGAGGGCUCUACAUGACAACAGAGAGAAUCAAAGAUUUCGGACCGACGGUGCUUCUUUACGAGUCGAAAUCUCUCUCAUCGAGCUCACAUAUAACGACCUUUUACGAUGCUGUACCUUCCAGUCUUUCAUUCUUCGGCAUUUGAACAGCGAGCAAAUUCCUUUCUUCCAGUGAUAGAGCAAGGGUUUCAUUCUUUCCACAUACAUUCAUGAUGGGUGGGUGAUAUCAGGAGCUUCAGGGGAAGGCAAAAGUCUAAAAAAAGUUCCGGGCUCCAGAGUCGGUUUGGUGGCGUUAUGGUUUAGUGACAAGAGUGUCACGCAUCGGGUUUUUCAUUUCCAGCACAAGACACCGUUCAUAUAUUUGCUUAACGGUACUUUUUUUCUUCGACAGCGAAGCACGACACGAAUGGAUGGUGGGAGGGCACCCUGGGAUCUUGCACUUUGCUUGUUGAAUCCGUCAUCCUUCUAAUUAGCUAUGUGAAAAUGAGGCGGCGAAUGAGUUGAGGUGGCUUCCUGGUGCAAGAAGAGAUUUCAUUAUACCUCGAGUGUUUGGUGAACGUCAAGGUCUGCAUGACAAGAUAUGGAACGCGGAACGCACCUAGAAACGGCGGUGUUAGCAGAGAAUGGGCUCCACAGAACAUGUUGGCCAUGGUGUUCAAGGGACCUUCCGUCAACUUCUUCAUCCGAUGGCAGGGUUUGAAUGCAUUCAUUCGGUGGGCUUAUACCCCGUGAUAGAUUAUUGCUAUGGCUUUUUUGCGCAAGACAACGAGAAAGAACAAAAAUAAAAGAUCGAUUACCAGCAUCAA